AUGACGUCAUAUGCAAAUGCCAAAAGAUGCUACUGAUAAUGUUUGAUUGACGAAGAAUAACAAACAAGUCAAGAUGAUGAACAAGAACACAAAUGCGCCAAACACAGAGAUUGACAUUGACAAAGUGAUAGAACAGUUGCUGUCUGUAAAAGAAACUCCUGGGAAACAGGUACAGCUACCAGAAACCCAGAUAAGACAGCUAUGUAUUCUCUCUCGGCAAAUAUUCCUACAGCAGCCGAACCUUCUUGAGCUAGAGUGCCCGAUUAACAUCUGCGGUGAUAUUCACGGACAGUUUGAGGACUUGCUUAAAACAUUUGACAAUAAUGGAUAUCCGCCUGAUAAGAAUUACCUAUUUCUAGGCGAUUAUGUUGACAGAGGUAAGCGAUCCCUGGAAUCUAUCUGCCUGCUGCUGGCAUACAAGGUGAAAUACCCAAACAACUGCUUCCUUCUACGUGGGAACCAUGAAUGCGCUUCAAUCAACAGAAUCUACGGAUUUUACGAUGAAUGCAAGAGGCGGUACAACAUCAAGUUGUGGAAAACCUUCACAGACUGCUUCAAUUGUUUACCCAUAGCUGCUGUAGUUGAAGACUCCAUUCUGACGAUGCACGGUGGAUUGUCACCUCACCUUAUGGACCUGAAUCAGCUGCGACAAAUGGAGCGGCCAAUGGAUGUUCCAGACCAGGGACUGGUGUGUGACAUGUUGUGGUCCGACCCUGAUGAGGACAUCACUGGAUGGGGAGAGAAUGAUAGAGGGGUGUCGUUCACAUUCGGGGGAGAUGUUGUGAAGGACUUCUGCAAAAAACAUGAUCUCAGUCUUAUUGUCAGAGCUCAUCAGGUUGUUGAGGAUGGAUAUCAGUUCUUCCAAAAGAGAAUGUUGGUGACGUUGUUUGGAGCACCCAACUACUGCGGAGAGUUUGACAAUGCAGCAGCCACCAUGAUUGUCGGUGAUGAUCUCACGUGUUCAUUUACUAUACUUAAGCCCACCAUAAAGCAGUUACUGGUUGACGACAAAAAAGUGAAGAAGAAAAAAUGAGAUUGACGAGAGCUUCUUUAUUUGUUAAUAAAUUAUAAUUAUAAGGGUCUGAGGCCCCAGGUUCUCGAAAAUACUUGAGUUAUUACUCUAUACGUAACUCAUUAAACCUCUCAUAACAUAGCAUGGUAAAAUAUGUUGAAAGAUUUUUCUGUGUUAGAAUCAUAAAUCAUAUUCUAAUAGAUUUUAUUUGAAAGAAUUUCAAUUUAAAAGUUGAAAAAGGAUGUUUAAGAGCAUGUAAUGUACUUGAGUAAUUAAAUUAAAAUAUCUUAAGUGUUAACACACAAGCUUUUGUUAAAAUAUUUAGAAAUAAAAUAGUUAAAACCGGUUAAUUUUUUGUUAUUGAUUGGCCAAUAAUGGCAGUUAACCAAUUAAAUUGCUUGCAUUUAUGCAAACUAACCAAAUAUAACCUGAGGAUAAGAGUACUUCCUUUCUAUUUGUAAUUUAUACAUGAUUUUGAUAGCGUACUCGAUUGAAAAAAAAAUUCAGCAUUUUCGAGAAACUGGGAUCUUGCAAGCAGAUAUAUGAAAUAAAUAUUGUGUCCGCUGUUCCUGUUUUAUGUUUUUGUUGUUUAGAUAGAUUGUUACUGUUUUUGAUAUGAACUACUUUGUUAGCUGCAGAUGGUUGCUUUGUAUUUCUGUUUUGAAGAUUAUAGCCAAAGAUUGAAUAGUGCAUAAUACACCAAAUGAAUAUAGUAACACAUACAUACAUGUACAUGAUAUUACUAAACAUGUACUCAUGGGGAUUAUUUCAACAUGAUUGUUUCCAAUACUCAAGUGAGAGGAGAGGAGAGGUUUUCUUGUGGAAACAGCCUCCAGAUGCAUAACUAUUCUUGCUUAGGCCACAAUUUAUAAAUAAAUUGUUCUGCAUUUACUUACCAACUCGUGAAAGUAUCAACGAUUUGACAGUUUUUGAUCUCUCGGGUGGUCAUAAUUGUGUUCCAUUCUUUUUGCGGAGAAAAGAGAUUAGAAAGUAAAAAACUAGCACUAAUAUUUAAUAUUGAUGAGUGUCCCCAUGUUAUUUUUGAAAUAUUUGAAAGGGUAUUGCUGGCUGAUUACUAUUACAUUAAAUAAACAUCUGAAUAUACAUUAAAGUUCAAGAUAUUGCAGUUUGCAAUCUUUCGGGACCAAAAAAAGUUGUUUUUAAUAUCAUUUUAGUUUAAUUUUACAUAUUACUUACAAAAUAAUACUAUUCUAGUAUUAGGUCGCAACUCUAUUUCAAGUGAUACCAAGCUAGUAUGGGGUUUUAACUCAUUCAAAUGAUACCAAUUUACUAAAACAUGUAUAGGUUUACAAAUCUUUUAAGUGAUACCAUACAUGUAUUGGGUCACCAAGUUUCAAAAACCAACAUAUAAUUAAUUGAUAAAGUGAAUACUUUAAGCUUUUUAACUACAUAAAUGAAGAUUAUAGCAUUUUAAUUUGAUGUCAAGUAUGAUUUCUAUGUAUUGAUAUAUUUUGUAGUACUUUCCAUUUUAUUUUAUUGUUGACCGGCCACAAAGCAAUUAAAUGUUAGUGGUACUUAUAUGAUAAUGAAGCAAUUUAUUGUUUAAAGCUGCACUCUCACAGAUUGACCAUUUAGACAUCUAUUUUUAUAUUUUUGUCUUGGAAGGAGCCAAUUUUUGGUGAAAAUGUCUUGAAACCAGUCUUAUAAAACUGCUGACGAAAGAUCAGAUCAUAAUGUAUAUAUGUUUUGGAAAAAAAUAAAAUAUGGCUAAAAGCAUUCCUAACGCUCGAAGAAAAAUGAGUUUUUCGGCAGUUUUCCUUACAAUUGAGAUCUGUUCCAAUGUGAGUUAUCUUAUAUACAAGUCUGAAUUGAAGGCAUUGAUGCCAAAAACAGCUGAUUCUGAGACAAAAAGAAAAAGAAAAACUGUCAAUCUGUGAGAGUGCAGUUUUAAGUAAUUAAUAUUCUUGCUAUUCGUUUAUGAUCACGGAUUUAUGUUAUUAGAGAUUGUAACACAUAAAAUGUUUUAUAGUAUAAUAAUACUAUAAGUAAGCAUUCCAUUCUCAAUAUUGAUUUGAUGCCCAUAUAAAAAGUAACAGUUACCAAAACUGCAUCCAAAACCCAUGGCUCGCGUGACUGUAUAUAUCAAUAAUAAUGCUUUGCAAAUGAUAUAACUGUUUUGUACAAUGUUGUCAAGGAUAACGUUCAAUAACUAGUGUGGUAUAGGGAUGAGUGAAUAUUGUUGUAUUUUAACCAUGCUAUAUUUGACAUGAAUUAAUUUAUUCCGGAUUAUGUUAUUUACUCUAAACAUUUUAUUUUGAUAUUUGAUUGCCAAAACCUCAGUUUGGAAUAGUUGUAUGGGCUUUGACC